GAAAGUGAAAGGAUGAUAAUAGAAAGCUUUUUCAUUGUCUGCAGACUGAAAUAGUUUAACGGAAAACUAUUUUUUGAAAGUCAUUGUUUGAUUUAUUAGCUCCAUUCUAAUUUUUUUAAAUUAGAGAGAUCAGUAUCAGACGAUGGAACAGAUCAGUGAUCAGACGAUGACGUAUGACAUAUAGUAUCCUUUGUUCUAAUGUUCUCUUUGUUAACGCAGUAGAAUAAAAAGAGAUACUACUACGUAUGUAGAAUUUAGAAUUUAGAUCCAUAGAUUCAUAAUCAUGUGUAAUCCAUAGUGGUGUAAUCCAACUAACAUAAUUUAAACAUUGAAUUUUUUGAGGUUUUGGUUUUGAGAUUGGUUUUAAGUUAAUUCAUAAUCAAAAUAAAACAUCUUAAAAAAAUUAGACUGGUUUAUAUUUUGAUACCAUGCAAAAAUACGAGAAACUUGAAAAAAUAGGUGAAGGUACAUACGGAACUGUAUUUAAAGCCAAAAAUAGAGAAAGCCUAGAGAUAGUUGCUUUAAAAAGAGUAAGACUUGACGACGACGAUGAAGGAGUUCCUUCUUCUGCCCUACGAGAAAUAUGCCUUUUAAAAGAGCUAAAACAUAAAAAUAUAGUAAGGCUAUACGAUGUACUGCAUAGUGACAAAAAGCUGACACUUGUUUUUGAACACUGUGACCAGGACUUAAAAAAGUAUUUUGAUAGUUUAAAUGGUGAUAUUGACUUGGAUGUAGUGAAAUCUUUUAUGUACCAGUUACUAAGAGGUCUAGCGUUUUGUCACAGCCAUAAUGUUCUACACAGAGACUUGAAACCCCAGAAUUUAUUAAUAAACAAGAAUGGGGAACUCAAACUUGCUGAUUUUGGUUUAGCCAGAGCAUUUGGUAUUCCAGUAAAAUGUUAUUCUGCUGAGGUAGUCACGUUGUGGUAUAGGCCUCCAGAUGUUUUAUAUGGAGCAAAACUUUAUACUACUUCUAUUGACAUGUGGUCUGCAGGUUGUAUUUUUGCAGAGUUAGCUAAUGCUGGGAGGCCCCUAUUUCCUGGAUCAGAUGUAGAUGAUCAGCUUAGGAGAAUAUUUAAAUUGUUAGGUACUCCCACUGAAGAUACUUGGAGCGGUAUGUCCCAACUUCCAGAUUACAAACCAUUCCCUAUUUAUCAACCUAAUAUGAGUAUGUCACAGGUGGUGCCAAAAUUAGGUAACAGAGGACGAGACCUCCUUCAGAAGUUAUUAGUGUGCAAUCCCAUGGGUAGGAUAUCUGCAGAUGAUGCUAUGUCUCAUCAAUAUUUUAUUGACUUAAAUCCAUCUGUAAAAAAUGAUAGGUGCUAGUUUUUAUCUCAAGGAGUGUUUCAAGUCAAACUCAAAAAGAUCAAAGGAAGAGGCUUUGAACUAACAUUCUACAAUCCAUUCAUUUGCACAAUAACCGAUGACAUAAGUGCUGAAAUAUAUAUAAGUGCUGUUGUUAAAAAACAGUGUGAUUGAAAAGUAAAAUAUUGUAAACAUUAUUGUUAGUUUUAAAAUAAUUUUUCUACAAUAUUUGUAAGAAAUUUAUAAUUUCUAGUCAUUUUGUCCUUCAAUACGAAUUAUACUUUAUAAUAUUGUGAUCAUAAUCUGUAAUUAUUUUUAAGAGUAAAAAUUAUAUGGAUGA